AUGGGCCCGGCCUUGUUCACCAUAUUUAUCAAUGAUUUGGUUCAGCAUUUGGAUUCAAAUGUACUGCUUUUUGCUGAUGAUGCCAAGAUCUUCAGAGAGAUUUCACAUGUGAGAGACUGCGAGGCUCUACAGAAUAGUAUUGAUUUACUGUCAGUGUGGUGCCAGAUGAAUGAAAUGUCUUUGAAUGUCUCAAAGUGCUCUGUGGUAACCUUCACCAGAUCUAAUAAUCCUAUUAUUCAUCCGUAUAAACUAGCAGAUCAGCAACUUCAACGUUCUUCAAAGGUCAAAGACUUAGGCAUCAUACUCUCUCCUGACCUCAAUCCUCAAGAGCACAUUAACUACAUUUGCAAGAAGGCCAACUCAGCACUUAAUUUCAUCACCAGGGUCAGUCAUGACAGAUUUUCAGUAUCGGCACUGGUAACUCUUUAUAUCCAUCUUGUCAGACCCAUACUUGAGUUUUCCUCCACAGUUUGGAAUCCGUACCAGUCUGGUCAGAUCGCCAGGCUGGAAAACACUCAAAGCCGUUUUGUUCGCCUGGUUGGUCUACGUUUGGGGAUGCAAUACCGUGCUGUUCCUGUUCAUGAUCUGCAACUCCAGUUGAACCUGUUGCCUCUUUCUACCAGACGUGAGGUAAAUGAUGUCUUAUUCCUGAAGAAAUUGAUCACAUCCUCCAUUGAUGCUCCCGACCUGCUCUUGGAACUAGACUUCCGCACAUCACGUAGCCUUCGCCAUACCCAGCUGUUUGCGAGGCGGCAGUACUCAACACAGUACAUGUACCACAGUGCACUUCCUCGUCUGCAACGUCUGGCAAACAACCUACCUGGUCAAUUGGACUUGUUCAGCAUGAACAAUGAAACGUUUAAAAAAAAACUCGUUAGCAGCUUGCGUUCCUCGUAG